AUGUACGCACUUCUCCUCGCUGCGGCGGGGCCUAGCCUGCCACCGCAGGCUGGAAUCCGAGUCUCUCGGCGCGGCGUUUUUGCCAUCGCCGGAUUGACGCCACUGGCAGCCUCUGCUGAGGACGUGGCCAACCUUCUGUACGCAAAGGCAGACGCCUCUGUGUUUGUUGGGACCUACACGGACCCGAUGCAUCCCGGCGGUACGCGGGCCAUAGCCCUCACAGACACGCGGAUCGGAGCUUACCAACUCGCCCGCAUCGUUGGUGGCGGCGGCGAAGGAGAACCGCCGUUGUACGAGCUGCCGGCGAUGAUCUCGCCCGCCCCGGGCAAGAGCGGCGAGUGGCAGAUCACCAUCGACUUUUCACCAAAGGGUGGGCCGAAGGACUUCACCGGGUACUGGGACGGUGACGGCAUCCGUUUCCCACCGACUCCACGGCAGGUGGAGCGUGGCCUGACGUCCGGCAAUAAAUGGCCGAAGACGAGUUGA